AUGGCAGCAACUCCAGCAGCUGCAGCAAAGACAACUGGCCUAUUGAACCUCGAGAAGGAGCUAAUCUGCUUCAUCUGCACCGAAGUUCUUUAUCAGCCCCUCACCUUGCUAGACUGUCUACACACGUUCUGCGGAUCGUGCUUGAAAGAAUGGUUUUCUCACCAGCACCGCAAAGCCACCCACUCGCACUCUCCCGUCCGGAAUCCUCUGCCGUAUACAUGUCCAACAUGUCGUGCAGACGUCAAGGACGCUCAGCACAAUGCUAUGAUUACGACCCUGCUGGAUAUGUUCUUGACAGCGAAUCCAGAUCGCGCUCGAUCCGAAGAAGAGAAAGCUGAGAUGGCAAAAAUCUACAAGCCGCCUGAGAACAUACUUCCACGGGUCGAUGGCAGGAGAAGUGACCGAAGGCGACGUGAGCAGGAGGAUCCGAGCCGCAGAGAGCGGCAUUCGACUGAUAUCCCGCGCCAGCGCAGCAGCACUCGGGACACCACUGCCUCGCCCUACCAGCCUCGCAGAGACAAUCUGCUGACCCCAGACCACGCUCACACCACAAGUCGGAGCAGGAGUCGCGAACACGACCGUGCGCGUGAGCGCCGUAUCCAAGAGCGUACCGAACGCCGCGAGAGGAGACACACGCCAGCAGAAGAAGAUGUGUUGGAUCAAUCCCGAGAAGAUGCGCCUGCUUUGGCUUCGCCUCCACAAUCACCACCCAUAUCUUCACCGCGGCAUCCAGAUGCAGUGGAAGCUCGUCAGCGUGGGGCACGGACCGUUGCACACCAAGCCAGUCUCCGAUCGAUGGUCAGUGCCUCCGAUAGUGGGACUGGGACUGGCGAUAGUCUUGAUGAAGCUCGUCUCAUGCAAGAAAUUCUCGCCGAGGGUCUUCUUGACGGUAUCGACAUUGAUACCCUGACAGAAGAGCAGCAGGAUGAGCUGAGUGAAGUCAUCGCCCAACGCUACAGAGAACUGCAUCCGAGACCAUCUCAGCGCUCAGCUCAGACUUCGGCACCGACCUCGCCAGAGCCUACCACAGACAUUGCUACAGCCAUGCAGAACCUACGCGUCAAGAUGGCAGCCCAAGGCCAUCCACUCGCGGCUCAAGCGCUUCCCGAGAAGCUCGUCCACCUCCGUCAUAUACCUCUACGUCCGAGGUUGGCCGACCGACCUCUGCAUCGCAGUCGGAAAGAGCCCAUCAACGCAGAUCAUCGGAUAACGGGACUCGACCACAUGUCCGUGGACAUAGAUCCACUCAUCCUGGUGUGA